CGCGCUUGAAUCUAGCCUGUUUGGUUAAUGUCAAGACUCAAGUUUGAUAUAAGAAUUUGAGCAUAAUUUGAUCAAUUCUGUUUUAGUAGAACAAAGUAUUAUUAUGGCACCUAAGGGUAAUAAUAUCAUUCCAAAUGGUCACUUUCACAAAGAUUGGCAACGAUUUUCGAAAACAUGGUUUGAUCAGCCUGCACGAAAACAUAGGAGGAAUCAAAACCGAAUCAAGAAGGCAAGAGCCAUUGCUCCUCGUCCUGCGAAAGGUCCUCUACGUCCAGCUGUAAGAUGUCCAUCGAUAAGAUAUCAUACCAAAUUUCGUGCUGGUAGGGGUUUUACACUGAGAGAAUUGAAAACUGUCGGUUUGAAUGCUAGAUUUGCCAGAACAGUUGGUAUUGCAGUAGAUCACCGAAGAAGAAAUAAAUCUAUUGAAUCUGUUCAACUAAACGCUCAAAGGCUUAAGGAGUAUAAAUCCAAAUUGAUUCUCUUCCCUGUCCAUAAUAAGAAAAAGUUGAAGACUGGAGAAGCAACAGAAGAAGAAAGAAAAGUCGCUACUCAAUUGACAACGGAAGUUCUCCCAAUCCGUCAACCAUCAAUCAAAUUGAAAACUAAGGUACCUACAGAAGAAGAGAAAGCAUUCAGUCCAUAUAAUACCCUUAGAAAGGCUCGUGCUGAUUCUAGACUAAUUGGGAUACGUGCUAAGAGAGCUAAAGAUGCUGCUGAAAAUGAGGAUGUUACUAAAGCUGGCAAAGAUAAGAAAUCUAAGAAAUAAGUUAAUUUUCGAAAUAUCUAAAUAAAUGUUAAUAUACAUGGA